GUACUUAUUCUGGGUCUGGCCUGACUAAACGCGACCGCAAGCAGCGCAUGGAAAACGUUCGCGUGCGUUUGCUAUUGUUGAAAGAAGAAAGAGAGAAGAAGAAAACUACACUCUUCCUCCCGCUAAUCAUCCUCCUCCUUUUCUAGCGAUUUCGACGUUUGGAGGCGACAGUUUAUAAGCGGGUAGUCAGAAUUGAAAAUAAAAACCGAAAGAAAUACAUAAAGAAUAUCGUCAUGGUUAAUCAUCAUUCAAAUGGAGGCGGCAGCGCCGGCAACAGCAGUGGAAGUCUACGGGGCGGCGGCGGAGCUCAUGGAGGCGGAGGCGACUAUUCCGGUGAUGAUCGUAGUGGCGAGGAGCGUGAGAGGCUCGAUGGCGGAGGAGACUUGCAUGAUAAGCCCACAUAUCUGCUCGAACAUUUGGCCACAUUUACAGUUAACAAAGAGUCGGGCAUUGUCUAUCCAGCCGAUGGAAUGCGGCGUCUGCUACAGCUGGAGAAGACCACGGGUAUAUGGUCGCAGAAAAUGCAGCUCUGUUUGGACUAUCAAUGGGUGCUGAUCAUGGACUAUGAGACGGGGAAUAUUAUUGAGCGUUUCCCGGCCACAUUGAUCCAGGAGCCAACGGCGUUCACUUCGAACGAUGCUAUGGAACUGUAUAACAAUAUCCUUGUCUUUAUUGUCUCAGGUGGUGGUGGAGGAUCCCGUUCCGAGAUGCAUAUAUUUCAGUCACAAAGCGUUUCCGCCGUUCAUUUGGUGGAAGAUCUGAAGCAAUUGCGCAGUGGCAAGAUAAUAACGCAACAACGCGGUGGCACACCGAGCCAUGUGGGAGGCCUCAUGAUGAGCAAGACAUCGUCAUCAUCCUCGCAUAGUCAUCACCAGCGAGUAGAGCGUGAGAGGGAACGAGAGAGAGAAAGAGAACGAGAGAAUCAUCACCAGCAUCAUCAUCAGAUGCAGCAUCAACGCACAAGCGUCGAGCAAUACGGGCUAGGUCGUGGUGGACCCGGUGACGUGGUGGACCACAAUGGCGAAACAGAUUCCGAGCAUGCCGGUGGCAAUGAUGCCCGGGAUGAGACCAGUUCCACGUCCAGCGAGAAGUAUGAACGCGAUGUGGCCGUAUUGAAUCAUUGUUUCGAUGACAUUGAAAAGUUUAUAGCGAGAUUGCAGCAUGCGGCUGCUGCUUCCCGGGAGCUGGAGCGUCGUCGACGCAAUCGCAAGACAAAGAAACGUGAUCCCGGCGAGGGGUUGCUCACCCUACGGACUCGUCCGCCGCACGAGAAGGAGUUUGUGGAUAUUUUUGCCAAAUUUAAAUUGUCAUUCAAUUUACUGGCCAAGCUUAAGGCACACAUUCACGAUCCGAAUGCCCCAGAAUUGGUACAUUUUCUCUUCACCCCGCUCGCCCUCAUUGUGGAGGCCUCCAGUGACACCUACUACGAGUCCCAGUUACCGGCCCGUGUUGUGAAUCCAUUGCUGACACGCGAGGCCAUCAAUUUGCUAAUCAAUUGUGUUACCUCAAAGGAGACAGAAUUGUGGCGCUCGUUGGGCGAUGCUUGGGUCAUUCCACGGGAUCAAUGGAAGGAUGAUGUUGGCUCCUAUCAUCCCGUAUUCCUUGAUGGCUGGUCACCGGACUAUUUGGUCAACGACGAACUAGAACCAACCUCACCUUCGCCAUCGCAAUUGCAGGUGCAGGGGGGUAAAAAGAGAUUGGAGGUCCAAGCCUCUGGUCGGAGUACAAUGGGCGUUUACGAUGACUACGACACGGGCAAUGGCCUAGGACUAGGCAUGGAGAAAUACACCAUUCAUCAUGGCAAUGAUCGUGAUAGGGAAAGGGACAGAGAUCGAGAUCGUGUGCCAGUGGAUCGUAGUGAGCUCUCCUUUGACUCGAUUGAGGGUCGAGGCGGCGGGGGGAUUGCAAAUGGCUCAGGUCCCAAUGCCAAUGCUGGACCCUCACUGAGCGCCAUUACAGCUGGUCUGCAAAAUCUUCACACACGAGAAAGCCGAGGAGGCGGCGGAGGAGGAGGGGGAGGCUAUGGCCCCUCUUCGGAGUUAUCAGCUCCACCGGGUGGAGCUGGUCGCUCCAAUGCCGCUUCUGCUGCUGCUGCUGCUCCUCAUGUCAGCGACGACCAAAUGCUGGAAUCAUGGCUAGAGGAUCUACAAGCAACGGGAGCUAAAGUUGUACUUGUCACCUACCCGCGCACCGCCAACAAUGACAAAGAACUAAGUGUCAUGCGAGGCGAGUACUUGGAGAUUCUGGAUGAUACUCGAAAAUGGUGGAAGGCACGAAAUAUGCGUGGUCAGGUGGCCCAUGUGCCACAUACCAUAGUCACGCCCUUCAAUUACGGAGACGGUGAUGGAGCCCAGUUCUAUGGUCAACAACAACAGCAAUCGGCAGGCAAGAAUAGCAGUCGUCACUUGGAUAACAUGGGCAUGGGGAUGGAACAGCAGCGAUCGCCGGAUGCCACAGAUAUGAUGCGUAGCAAACAUUUAGGUAAAAAGGGCGAGUUUCGUUACUUUUAGUGAACAUUCCAAAACGCAUUUCGGUAAUAUAUAAUAUAAACCAUAAGACUAAGAUUAAGUACGACUUGAGAUCGAUUUGGUUAAGAGAUGAGACAGAGUGCAGUGGCAAUAAAUUGUGUUUGAAUACCGA